AUGGCAUACACUCUUACAAACAAUUCCCCUGCGCAGGCUAGCCCUACCAAGAUCCUUCUGCAUGGUCUUGGAACGCUCUCCUUUUCCUACAGCUUUUACCUCUUGACAACAUGGGACUCAGCAUACUCUGAUUCUUUCGGGUGGUACUUCCAGCUUCUCACUGUCGUAGGCCUCACCUUAUCUCUUAUCACAUCAAGCCUUGGCCUCAUCGCAGAUCUUACGAGACAUGGCGGCUUCUCAAGGACCAAGGAUGCCAUCUCACUUCUUGCGACACCUCUCGAAGUCAUGAUCGCAGUCUUGUACUGGUCUAUCAAAUUCCAUGAUCCAUCUCUGCUCAUGCCAGCCGACCUUGUCAUCAAUACCUGGGCUGAUCUUGGUCCCCGAGCGACUGUCACCACGAGGAGAAUGAUGUUCACCAGCACCAUUUUAGCUGUCAUUUAUUGGUGCUGGAUUGAAUUAUGCUAUUACCAAAACGGCUGGUAUCCGUAUCCCAUGAUGGAUCAGUUCAAUGCCAUGCAGCGGGUUGCAGUAUUCGUUGGAUCAUCAGGACUACUUACCUUGACAUCAUCUUCUCUCCAAUCGGUGCACGACAAGGUGCACCGUCUCGAUGUGACGAAGGUCAAACCGAACUAA